UCGAGCGAGGAGAUUGAGGAGACGAGAAGUGCGCGUAUAUCGCUAAGAGUUCAAUUAAACUGACGUAAAAAUGAGUGAAAUAAUGAAUAUAACCAAUGUCAACGACGAUGAGGGGAAUGCGUUGAGAGCGAAAAUAAUAACAAUGAUCUCCCUGUUCAGUGUGUCGAUGGUAUUCGGUCUCUCACCGAUGCUUAUUUCAUUGAAAUAUGGAUGGUUUACGAAAUCCAAGAACUCUAAUAUGAGAGCGAAAAAUCAGUUUGUUGUAGGACUAUUAUCUUUUGGAGGUGGUGUUCUUUUUGCUACUACAUUCAUGCACUUAUUACCGGAGGUCGAUGAGAAUAUAGAGUUGCUACAAGAGGCUGGACUUAUGGCGGAAAUGCCAAUUUACCUGGCCGCCCUAAUCAUGUGCAGCGGAUUCUUCAUGAUGUACUUAGUUGAGGAGUUAGUCCACGUGUAUAUCAAUAGUCGCGAGAACAAAACAGCAAAUACUAGUUUCACUCGAGUAUUGAGUAUACGAAGAAGUAGUGAAGAAGUGGCGAAUAACGAUAGACCUAUUAAACAAUUGGAAGCAGCGGCGCAUAACCAUGGACAUAGCCAUGUCGCAGUUGCAUCUGAUGAUACCAUUGUUGCAGCCCUUAGAGGACUCUUAAUUGUGUUAGCUCUGUCUAUACAUGAACUUUUUGAAGGUUUAGCUGUUGGACUAGAAUCAUCAGCUAGAAGUGUCUGGUACAUGUUUGGAGCAGUAUCAGCGCAUAAAUACAUAAUUGCAUUCUGUAUCGGCGUGGAGUUAUUAGCAGCUGGGACAAAGCGAUGGUUGUCCAUUGUCUACAUUUUCACAUUUUCCUUUGUGUCAGCGUUGGGUAUUGGGGUUGGAAUACUGUUAGUUGGUGGUGCCGGAGCAACCGAGGCCGGCAUGUAUUCUGUCGUUUUGCAGGGACUUGCAUGUGGUACUUUGGUAUAUGUCGUAUUCUUUGAAGUCUGGAGGCAAGACCGAACAGGAAUCGUACAAUUCGUCUGUUCGUUACUUGGAUUUGCGCUGAUGGUUGGUCUUGAAGCUAUCGUAGAAAUAGAAACAGUAUCUACAAUGGCUGACACAUUCAAAACUAAAAUGAGCGAGUUUCAGCAAAAAUCGCAAAAGUGCUCAUCGCCAGUUACCAUGGUCUCACUAUCAGCCGAAUUCAACAGUUUCAAGUUAUUUAUUAUGUCAGCUUUGGGUUCACUACAGCGCCAAGUAGAGUUUCUUGGUAUUGAGAUGUUGAUUCGAAAUGAUCGCGUACAUCGUAUUGUAUCUUCCGUUGACCAUGUUGAACAACAUGGACAGUGCGAUGCUUUAGCAUUUUCCUAUCAUGAUCUCCAUAACUUAACGUACAAAAUUCAACAACCUAAGGCAAAAUCAAGGAUCCUUCUGCUGCGUAACUUUGGUGGAACUAACCUUAACUGCUUGCGUAAAGAUGCGACUACGAUAAAUUGGUCUUUGAUUCACACUGCAGAUACUAUUUUUAAUACCUUUUUGAUUGAUCCAUUUAACGUACACGCCCUGAUACGACCAGUUCCUAUAAAGCAUUUGCCAACACCUGGCUUAUCGAUGACAUUACAAAAAUAA